UCUAACGACAUACAGCUGUGCAAUUGUUAUUAGAAUGUUAUUUAAAAAGCUAAUACCGAGUUUAAUAAUUUUAGUGAUAGCUGAAGAAGUCUGGAGCCACGUUGAAAUAGAAGCCGAAGAUUACUUCUUCCCGUUAGAACCAGUAAUAAAUUUCUGCAAAAUGGCCGACCAGUGUCAGCAUGACUUUGUGGCAAUUUGCGGGCAGGAUUCUUUAGGUAUUUCUAGAAUGUUCAAUGACAACUGCGAUCUAUAUGAGUACAACUGUGAUGAGAAGAAACAAUACCGGCACGUAAAGCUAGAUGUGUGCAAGUAUGAAGCCGCCGCUGCUGAGAGGGCACAGUAUAGAUAAGGCAAUGGGUUUUGUUAAUUGCAAAUAAUUUCUAUUACAUUAUAACUGAAGUGCAA